AAUGUCAUUAAUUUUCGAAUCCCCACCUUUAUUGGAUGAACGACAAAGCACAAAAUUAUUUAAUUAUUUAUUUAUUCUUUCCCAAUGUUUUGGAAUUUUGGCAGUUUUUGGUGUUGCUAUAUGGAUGGGGGCUUUUGAAGAUGGAGGGUUUUCUUGGAGUGAAAACCCUUCAAAACAAUUUCAUUAUCACCCAACGUUUAUGGUGAUUGCUGUUAUUUUUCUUCAGGGCGAAUCUAUUCUAGUCUAUCGAGUUUUUCGAAAUGAACGUAAACGAUUUGUUAAAUUACUUCAUUUAUCAACACAUUCUGUUGCUCUUUUAUUAGUUUUAAUUGCCCUAAAGGCUGUUUGGGAUUCUCAUGAUUUACAUAAAAACAGCCAAGGCGAGGAUGACCCUUUACCCAAUCUAGUUUCUCUUCAUUCCUGGAUUGGAAUAUCUUCUGUUAUUUUUUAUUUUCUUCAGUUUGGUGCCGGUUUUCUUUCAUUUUUCUGGCCAGGACUUUCUCAAGAUUUUCGCAGAGCAAUUUUACCUUUUCACCAAUUGGGGGGACUUUUAAUUUUGUUUGCUUGCACAGUUACAGCUUUAUUGGGGAUUUCUGAAUAUGCUGCUUGGCAUCAUGGUUGUUGGACUGUCGGGAAAGAACUUUGUGGACGUCAAUUACUUUCUAAUUUAUUGGGAUUUUCUUUAAUUGGGUUUUCUGCUUGUGUAUUUUUAUUAAUAGCAAAUCCACGUUGGAAACGAAGGCCGUUACCCGAAGAGGAAUGUUUAAAUUCUUUGGUAGAUGAAGAAUAA